AUGUCACUGCGGCGUGUUGCUGCCAAGUUUCGGCUUUUGCCAAUACACCGGCCACUGUCCACACAGGUGGCUACAACAAGCGCGGAGCAGCUCACAUCUCCAAAAAGUCUCUCAGAGCUAUCUGAACGUGCUGGCUUCGUUCCACGGCCGCCAGAGCCAGAGAAAGACCCAAAGCCAGGAUUCCGAGGCGGCAAGGCGCUGUUCAUUUUUUUCCUGUGCAACGCCGUUCCGUUCUCUGCAAUUAUGUACUAUCUCAGGGAGCAGCGGGAGAAGCGCACAGAGAUGGCCAUGCUGAUUUUGCCCAAGGCCCCUGAAGAAGUUGCUGCAGAAGUGCUGCGUGUUAUUCGCACUGCUGCAGUGUGUUUCCUGCUCCAAGACUCUCAGGCAGCAACUGGUGCGCUGCGCGUUGAUCCUCAUCCGCCAGAGGCAACAGCCUAUGUGCCGCCCACGGGGCCGCUGCCAAUCGUUCCACAGAUGGAACGGAACUUCCUCACAGAUAUGCUCGAGUCGCCAGCAGUGGUGGGACUGGGCUUCGUUCAUUUUGCUUUGUCGCGGCAGUCUCAAGAGGCUCAAGCCAUCAUGGCGGGACGCAGGACCGAGCCGGCAUUGCAACAGGAUGACGAAUGUGCCAGUAGUGGCGAGGCUUGUGGCCUCAAUGCCUUGCAGCUCCGAAGUGAGGACAGGGAGGAGCCUGACAGCAACUUCACCAACUUGGAUCACAUCGAUCCUGACGAUGAACAGCUUGGUGCCCACUACGCAGAUGGUUUCCUGGCAAAUCUGUGCCAUGGCACCAGCUACUGUGCUAUUGCAGGCUACAUGAUUGUGGCUGGUCAUGGCGAUGCCAAGGGAAUGGAGUCGAUCCACAACAGCAACGUUGGCUACUAUGACAGUAUGUUGAGGGCUGCAUACAACCGCUGCGCGAGUGGAAGCUGUGUGAUCAUUACGAAUCCUGUGGGCCAUCGUACCCAAAGCCGAUUUCAUAUCCACUACCGGCGCUACAACGGUGGCGGUGCUUCCCUGAAACACCGAUUGGAGAAGCAAAUUUGUGGAAGCCACGGUUGGCAAAAUUUUGCGGAGUGUGGCACUGGCAAGGCCAAGUACUUCGGAGGCUACCCCUCUGUGUUCCGAGAGGUCUUGGGUCAAUACGGUGGUCAUUUGGCCAACGUCGGUGUCACCGUUUGGCCGGGCGUGAGCCUUUUGAAUGACUGCCAGAGCCGCCUGUGCACUCGCCUUUUGAGCUGUGAGAUGACUAUCAGACCGCCAAAUCGUGCGGGGAGAAAAGACAGCAGCAACAGCCAGAAAGCAGCCCUUCUCUACGUAUCGCACACGCGGGCGGCCUAUUGCACUAUCACAGGGCAGCUGAGCAUUCUGUCUGAUCCUGAUUGCAGGAGAAGAUAUUGGAAGCCCUCUUGGUCUUGGUGCUUCUUGGCUCCUGCAGAUCCUCAAGAAGAGGAGCCACGAGAGCAAUGGCAAAGUGAAGAUUACGUCCUUGUGCGCUUUGCCAUUGACCAGGCAUCUUUGCAAUCCGUCGUGGACACGGCCUUGCGCUGGGACGCCCGACAUGUCAAGCGCGUCCCGAGCAGUGAAGGAGCAAGAUGGGAAGACGUUUGCUGGGAUGAUGCACCGGGCUUUGUACAGACAUUGCUCGGAACGACCACCGAACCCGAAGCCGAACCCGAAGUCGAACUUCCCCAACCCCCCAUCGACAAAAAAACGGUCUGCUGCGAUGAUGCACCGGCCUUUGUCCGAAAAUUGCUCGCAAUGCCCAGCGAACCCGAAGCCGAACCCGAAGUCGAGGAGGAGGACGAGGAGGAGGGGAAGGAGGAGGAGGAGGAGGAGGAGGAGGACGAGGAGGAGGGGAAGGAGGAGGAGGAGGAGGAGGAGGACGAGGAGGAGGGGAAGGAGGAGGAGGAGGAACCUACAGGAUCCAUGCCGAAGCCGAAGUCGAAGUCGAUCGUUCCGCACCCCCUCUCCAAUGAGGAGGAGGACGAGGAGGAGGGGAAGGAGGAGGAGGAG